AUGGAGAAACUGCAUUCAUUAGAAACGAGCCUUCCACCUGAACAACCUCCAACCAAACAGGCAGUUGAUUCACUGAACAACGAAUUAUCGCAGGAAUUUAAAGUAGCGGCCAAUGCCGUCACCAGGUUAUAUAGAGUGGCAAAUGAGAAAAAUUCGUUAGUAAAACAUCAAGGUUAUAUUGAAUGUUUAGAUGAUAUUUUGGAUUGUAUUGAGAAUUCGAAGUUCAAUUCUUUAGACGAUAUACGAUUGUGGUGUACAAAACAAAGGGUUGAUAAGACAGGAACCAAAGAACCAAAUAGAGUUGACUCAACGGAAAAGGUAAAUCGAUACAAUUUUAAUUUUGAGGAAAAGAAAACAAUAAAUUCUCCUAAAUUCCGACUUUCAAUUCCCCCACUCAGUGUAGAACAUACGAAACCCUCAGAGAACCAUACUCGUCACAAUUCAAGAUCAAAAAAUCCAUACAACAAUAUAGACAAAAAUGAUUCAAAUAGAUCAUAUUCGACCCAGAUGGAUUCUGAUAUGGUAGAUUUUGGUACUAAGAAUAUGAAUUUACAACAAGUGUAUCACCAAAAUUCUGCCCACAGUAUACUCUCAUCAGAUACCCAAAACAAAGCUAUUAAGAAGAUAAAAUUGGACACUAAUAACAAAAUAUGA